UGGAUAUAAAUGUACAAAGUAGAGAGAAACUUUAUGAAACAUUCCUAGCUAGCUAGCCCUCAACACAUAACAAUGACCUUGCUUUCACUUCUGUUUCAAUUGAUUUCUUUGUUACUUUCCUUUUUAAUCUCCUCAUCCACCACCGUCGUAUCUUCAACUUCACCAUAUAAGAUACCAAGGCUCAGUGUAAUCCUACAAGAACCUGAUACACAACCACCACCAAUCUCAGAAGACUUCGAAACCUUUUUUUACGACCAAACACUGGAUCACUUCAAUUACAGACCCGAAAGCUAUGCCACUUUCAAACAAAAAUAUGUAAUCAAUUCUCAGUAUUGGGGUGGCGCCAAGGAGCGCGCGCCAAUCUUCGUUUAUUUUGGUGCCGAGGCUCCAUUGGAUGGUGACAUACCUUUAGUUGGCUUUCUAACCGAUCAUGCCCCUCAUUUUAAAGCUCUCUUAAUCUAUAUAGAGCAUCGUUAUUAUGGAAUAUCAAUUCCAUUCGGAUCAAUGGAAGAAGCGAUGAAAAAUGAUACUACUCGCGGUUAUUUCAACUCAGUCCAAGCAAUAACAGAUUAUGCAGAGAUAAUCAUAUAUCUCAAGAACAAAUUCUUUGCUCAGGAGUCUCCUGUUAUUGUCCUUGGAGGAUCUUAUGGAGGAAUGAUUGCAUCGUGGUUUCUGCUGAAGUAUCCCCACAUCGCCCUCGGAGCUCUAGCUUCAUCAGCACCCAUCCUUUACUUCGAUGAUAUCACUCCUCAAAACGGGUAUUAUGCAAUUGUCACGAAGGAUUUCAAGGAAGUCAGUAAGAGUUGCUAUCAAACUAUACUAAAAUCAUGGUCUGAAAUCGAUAAAGUCGCCUCUCGGCAAAAUGGUCUUUCAGUUCUUAGCCAGAGAUUCAAGACUUGCUCGCAGUUAAAGAGAUCGCUUGAGCUCAAGGACUACUUAGAAACCAUUUAUGCUGUUGCAGCUCAAUAUAAUCAUCCACCAACAUAUCCGGUUACCGUUGUCUGCGGUGGAAUUGAUGGAGCAUCUGAGGAAACUGAUAUUCUUGGCCGGAUUUUUGCCGGUGUCGUUGCUUAUAGAGGGAAUCGAUCAUGCUAUAAUACCACUGUAACCCCUAGUCAAACAAGUGUGGGGUGGAGAUGGCAAACAUGUAGUGAAAUGGUGAUGCCCAUUGGUCGUGGUAGCAAUGAUACUAUGUUCCAACCUUCACCUUUCAAUUUAAAUGACUUCGUCAACAAGUGCAAGGAUUCGUAUGGCGUCCCACCAAGACCUCAUUGGGUCACAACCUAUUACGGAGGCCAUGAUAUAAAAUUGGUUCUCCAAAGGUUUGCCAGCAACAUCAUUUUUUCCAAUGGACUGAGAGAUCCGUAUAGUAGUGCCGGGGUAUUGGAGGACAUAUCUGACUCUCUCCUUGCCAUCUAUACAGCAAAAGGAUCUCAUUGUUUAGACAUACAUGGAGCAAAGGAAACCGAUCCAAAUUGGUUGGUCAAGCAACGACAGAUGGAAAUCAAGAUCAUUGAAGGAUGGAUCACAAAGUACUUUGCUGAUCUUCAUGCAAUCAAGAAAUAGAACAUCAAUUGUUGAGCAUUUUAGUAAUAAUAGGGAAAUAAUGUUGGUGUAGAACAAAAUUAAACCAUGUAGCCUAUAUAUGUAUCCAAUUAACUGUCACCUCAAAUUCAUUGUGAUACAAAAGUCUCCUCUGCUGCUGCUGCUGCAAAUGAUAUUGUUUGGGAAGUUUUAAACUUCUUUUAUAUUGGUCUUGCUGAUUUCCUUGCUCUUUUUGAUGUGGUGUAAUGAAGCUUUGCUGGUGGAUUUGUUGCUGAUAGAAGUUUGGCUGCAUAUCUGGUUUGAGUUCAGCUAGAAUGGAAGGUCAUGACAUCAGUUUUUAUGUAUUUUGAAAAGAAUUUUCUAGUGCAGCAUGGUCUGUUUAAAGGUCUUCAUGAGCUGUUUUAGUCCGUUUAGGUUUACUGCUAUGUAAAUGGAGUCCAUUUACUACUUCUUCUUCCUUUUUUUUUUUUUUUUU